CCUAUCUCCACAUCAACAAUAAUGUGCUUUAGAAUAUUUUUGUCUCCAACAUCCCACCAUAUUUGAAUCUUCACAUAAUCAAUUGAUCUCCCAUCGAAUCAAAUCCCCACUCUCUUGUGUAUAUAAGAGUCAUCUUCUCUGUCACUAAUCCACUGAAUCUCUCACCAACCAUCUUCUCAUGUUGUUUCCUUUGUCACCUUCGAACAUGGAAUCUUAUUUCUCCCAUGACAAGAAACCAAACCUCCCAGCACCACCAAAUUCCUUCAAUGCCCCGCAGUCUUUCUCUUGGGAAGAGCUUCUCUCUAGCCACAACUCGCUCCCGUUCAACCUCGACGACUCUCAAGACAGGCUUCUGUUGGAAGUCAUAGCGCAAGGAACCAUGAAAGAAUCGUGUGAAUCCGAGUCCGCGUCCUCGACUGGCGUCGGCGAGGAGGAGGUCACCUCGGGCCUCGCGACGGGGAGGCUUGAGCCGAAGAGGAAGUCCUACCGGGGUGUGAGAAGGCGGCCAUGGGGGAAAUACGCAGCGGAGAUCCGAGACUCGUCACGGCAAGGGAACCGGGUCUGGCUCGGGACGUUCGACACGGCGGAGGCCGCCGCUCUGGCCUAUGACCAAGCCGCAUUCGCCCUGCGGGGACCCUUGGCCGUGCUCAAUUUCCCACCAGAAAGGGUUAGGGAGUCGCUCAAGGGGAUGGAGUAUACCUUCGUGGGUGGUUGCUCUCCUGUGGAGGCACUAAAGAGGAAGCAUUCUAUGAGGAAGAGGCUUGUGGUCAAGAAAGAUCAAGAGAAGGAUGAGGAGGAAAUGGGGAAGCAGAAUUUGGUGGUGCUUGAGGAUCUGGGGCCUGAAUAUCUCGAGCAGCUUUUGAGUUCUUCCAAAAGCAGUGACAACAUUUGGUGAAUAAAGGAAAUCCUUGGUCACCAAUUGUUGAGAAAAGUAUAGGAAGGUCUUAAACUAUAUGUAUGAAUCAUAAUUGGGUUCGAGAUCAUUCAAAUGCUGAAAUCAAGUCCUAAAUCUUU